AUGGGAAACCACCUCUUUUUGCCGACACCCAUUGCUGGAUAUGAAGGACAUGUUGCACGUGUUUGUCCUGAACUUGGGAAUUAUGCAUAUACAGUAGAAGCUACAAAUGCCAACCCCAACGAGAAUACAAGUUGGUGUUUAGAUUCCGGGGCUACCCACCACAUGACAGCAAACCUCUCUGCUCUUCCAUAUGCUCAACCGCAUACAAGUACAUACACGAUAAUUGUUGGUAAUGGCAACCAUUUGGCUAUCACACAUAUUGGGAACACUAAUCUAUCCAUUACACAUAAGGCUUUAGAACUUAAUGAAGUCUUAUGUGAUGGUUUUCGUGUAAAGGACAACAAGACGGGCAAGGUACUCCUUACUGGCAAUAGUUCUAGCGAAUUAUAUCAUAUCAAUGCAGUGCCAAAUGUCACCAACAAGAUCGUGUUUUAUGGGGAAAGGACGACACAAGAUGUGUGGCAUGCUCUCUUUGGACACCCUUCUCACUUAGUUUUUCAAACUCUUUUGAAUAAACACCAUUUCCCCAUUAAUGGUACUGUUGCUUCUAUUAAGAAUUUCACAUGCUUUGACUUACUACAUCUGGAAUUGUGGGGACCAGCACCCGUUGCCUCCAAUUUUAGUUACUGA